CCUAAUCUUAAGGGUGAUUUCUAUGGGAAAUAAUAUCAGAAAGACUGUAUUUUAUUGGCACAAACACACUGUCCCUAAAACUAAUAGAAAAGUAUGAAGUAUAAUCAAUGAGCUCAUGGGCUAAUUCUGUAGCUUGAGCAACAAUGGGCACAGUUACUUCAUAUGCCAAUAAGUCUUCAUUUAAAUUCAAAGUUUCAUAGCGUUGGUACUCAAAAGCAAUAAAAGAUGAGUCAAUCAAAAAGAUAUCCUUUAUCAGUCCAAACACAGGGAAAGUGCUAUCCACAUCUGCAAUAAUCAUGGACUUCCCAGUAAUGUAUUUAUUGCCAUUUAGAACAUACCAUUUCACUGAGACAACAGACUGCAUGACAUCUAUUCCAAAAAAUUCUUUAAUUUUUUUCCUAACAUAUUCAUUAUUUUUAACAGCUGAUACUGGCCCGGAUUCCUUUUCUUUUGCAAAAAUAGGAUGUUCAGUGCCUAUUUCAUUUUCACAACACUCAAGAAAUUGAUUGUGGUUUGCUAGGGAUUUACAAACAUUUUUAAAAUUUAACUUAGAAGCCCACUGUUUAAAGUAGGAGUGCUUUGCCUCAAAGCGCAUGCACAUACUCCUUAUUAAAGGUCCAAGGGAUAAGAUUUGACUGGGAAGAUGCAACAUAUAAUGUUGCUUAGGUAUUAUAUUGGCUUCGGGAAAAAGUUGCUUGAACUGAUACAGGUGUUCUUCAAUCAUACUUCUCAGUUGCAAUACAGUUUCUAAAGAAAUAAUGGGAGCAAGAACUAUUUGAACUAUCAUAAUUAACUUUCUAAUAAAUACAACAUACUCACUCUCCACACCAUACAAAAGAAAAAGUAAUAUUUUUAAAAGAAUUAGCAUCUGUCCACAAGACUGUUUCAAUUUGUUGUCGUUAGCCGCUAAAGUGCCAAAGCUAAUAGGAGAUGGUUUAUCCCGUAUUUCAAGAGGUGAGUAAGGAAAAUUUUGAAUGUCUGAAUUAAACUUGUCUAAUUCCAAUUGCCCUGAGAGAAUUAGGUGUUUUAAUACAAAUUUAACUUCCAUUGAUGCAACACCUUCAAAAAUAACAUGCAUUAUGUCCUGGGGAGUUUGUUUGAUCAGGUCAAAUGCAGGAACAUCAACUAGUCUGCUUCUUCUAUUAAUUCCAUAAGUAGUUUUGAGGGACGCUUUCAAUAAAUCUGUGCUUGCUUUAUCUAUUUCAAAACACUGCCUGAUAUGUUUCUCCAGAGUUCUUUGAACAAACUUCUUCUCCUCAAAAACACUUUGCAUAUCAUCAAAGUUGCAUUCACAGUGUCUACAUUUGCUAUAAGCAAAACCAAUCCCUUCUUUAAAGCCAGCAAUCUCAUGCUGGGCUAGCGUGUCUCCGCAAAUGGCUAUAACAGCACCAAACAAUUCAAUUUCACCAUUUGACAUUUCAAUCCUUACACCAUUGUAAAGCAGUGACAGAUCUUGAAGUAUUCUUUUCAGUACAACAUCAAUACCCCACUGAGAAAUGUCAUUUGCUUUAGCAAUAGCAAGAAGCCGUAUUGCAGCUAACUUUGACCUAAAUUUUGGAUCAAUAUUUCCUAAAGUAUAAUAAAACAUGACCAAUUUGUUUGCAGAAGCAUGGGACCCUAAGGGGUUACAUAUUUCAAUUUCAUCUGUGUACAGUAUUAAUUGCAAUGCAUUUGGCCUCUGAGAAAACAAGGGGCGAGAUGUAAAGAGGGACCCGUCUCUAAAAUCAUAGAAGAAUCCCUCUCUGCUUCUUUGUGGUGCAGUGUUCAACAUGGUAAAGAUUCUCUCAUUAGUCAUUAACUGCUUUAGACUUUCAAUUAAUGGUACAUAGUAAAAACUUUUGUUCCUUAUGGACAUGACCCUUGAAAGACCUUGCUUUACCCAACAUAUCUUCUGGGAUACUACUACUUCCUCUGCGUUGACUGGACAGAACAUUUCCCCUAUGGCUCUACUCUGUCCAUAUGCAAUGGUGGAGAAAGGAUCCAUGAAUUUAUCAAAUGUAGCCAAAGCCUCAUCUUGAAGCUGAGUGGUUCCCUCGGCAUGAUCUUCAAACACUGUCUUCAAUCUUUCCUUGAGCGUAUCUAAAAGAACAGCCUGAUAUUGUUGCACUCCUGAGAUGAUAUGUUUGACCGUUCUCUGUGAAAACAUUUGAAACAAAAGUAACUUAUUCUGCAUUUAUAUUAAAAAAAAUUCUGAAUGCCAUUAUGAACAAGUAAGACAUUGAUUGCCUUAUGUGAGACUAUAACAUACCUGUGAUAAGUGGCACUGUUCUUGAACACUGAUAGCAAAAGCUGCAGCAGAUCUGGUAAUAUUGUGUCUGGUAAAGGAUGUUGUAGUAACAGCUUCUUCCUUUAGAGCAGAAAAACAAAGUUACUCCAAACUCAUGGCCAAUUAUAGAAAUUCUUACAUAAUAGGUAUAAUGAGUUACACCUAAUGAUUGGUCCAUUAAAAAACAAAGUGCAUGACAGUGAUUAGUGUUACAGUUGUGAAUAUUCAAUAUAAUAUAAGAUAAUAUAAUAUUCAUUCUUUGGAAUAAAGAAAAAAGAAAUGGAAAAGAAAUCAAAGACAAAGAAACAAUAAAAAAGGGGUGGUCCAUUAUUUUGAUGAGACUCGGGAUUGGAUUCAUGAGAACGAGAUUUUAUCUUUUUAGAUAAUGAAUUUUUGUUCGCACUUAGAUAUUAGUUUCUUUACAUGUUUGUUGUAUUUAUUAAAUUAUUUAUGUAUUUUUAAAUCACAUAAUUUAGAUUUGCACUUAGAAUUUAUGUUAGUAUUAGUAUAUGGAUAUAUUUUAUUGUAUGCAUUUAUUAAUUUAUUUAAUUUUCAAGAAAAUCAUUCUUAUCCAUGUUUUGGCAGUAUUUCUGGCCAACAGAUUUUUUUUACAGUGCUUCCAAACACUCUGUGUCUUACCUGAAACUGUAUUCACCACUUAUAAUUCCUACGAGAUACCCAAAUUGCUGCCACAUUGAACGAUUUAAACGCGCUGAGAGUGUCUUUGACGCAAACUUUACCAGGAGACAUGCCAGCCGCAGAGUGUGUGCCUGCUCUGGCUGCAGCAUAGCCUUUACUAUUUACACUGAACUGCUAUUCUGUUUAUUUAUUUUUAAUUUCAUCCUGGUGAUUUAAAAUCCAACCAUAGUGGAAAUCGCUUGUAACAGUUUGAAGAGCAAUAUCUAGCGGUAUAAUAUCGCGAGAUCUCGUUAAAUUUCUCUUGAUUAAAAUUGGAGAAAAGGAUUAAAAGUAAUAUAGGGCCAAAUACCAGGAGUUAGACAUGGCUAAAUUUGUCAUCAGAAGCCACACUACAUUUUAUUUAGUUUAACACUUACCGUGAUCGGGCUGUCAACAACCUGAGGCUCCUGCACCUCAGGCAAAGAUCCACCAGUUGAUAUUUCCACGGUGCUGGUUGUUGUUGUAGUACUACAGUUGGCAAAGACUGAAACACCAAAAUUUUCCGAUCCUAAAGAGUGGGAUGUUGGGGGGAUUCUCCAUCCUCUUGGUGGGCUUCCAUUCGUCAAAUACAGGGGGUGCGUCCGUUUAAUGUGGCGAAAGAAUGAGUUAAAAACUCUGAAAUCUUGUUCACAGCCAUCUAUUCCACAGUAAACCCAAAAAUCCUGCCUUCGACCAUGAGCUGCAUUUAUGUGGCUAAGGAGCACCUUCAGAGUUAAAGAAACAAAGAUAAAACAGAUCAUACAUCUCCAGAGCGCCAUGGUGAACUGUUUUCCCUCUGUACCAAUGCAGCUUUACCGCUCUCCACUGAAGGCCACAGAUGAGAGUGUGGGACCAUGGGAAAGGUACUGUGAGUGGAGGCUUUGGAACCGAACCAGAGAACUGCUGUCACGGCAUGGACAAGUUUGACGAUGCCAUACUGUCUGUGUUGCAGGCUGCGAAUAUUGACGAGGAAGCUUUGAGAAGCUUUACCCGGGAUGACCUAAAGGAUCUUUUUCCAGGCAAUGAAAAUUUCUUCCGGAGAAAGAAGAUUUGGGAUUUUAUCAGCCAAAAGUUUAAGAGUACUGACCAAGAUGCCAACACUUGCCAUCGAAGUGAGAGUAACCCCUUAGGCUUUGAUGUGUCACAAUGUCAGCCUCAAACUUCCACUCCCAUUUCCUACACUGCUGACAAAAAAAUGAAAAUGCCAGACCCACCAGAGUAUGUGGUGUAUACAGAUUCAGAGUUGGACAUGGUGCGCAGUCAGUACUUUGCAUUGCUCCACAGUGGAAAGGAAAAGGACUGUAAGAUGUCGAAGGAGCUCUGUUGCAGACUUGUAAGGAACACAGUCACCAGCAUGGUUGCAAUCCUCCGUGCUAGUCCCAUGGGGAAAGAAGUAAGAUACCCCUCCAAACUCGAAAUGAGAGCAAUGUCACAGAAGAUUGUCGACUAUUACCCCAUGUUACGUGAUGCUGACACACACAUGCCAUACCUGACCAUCUACACCAAACUGUACAAACGACUCCAAAAUAUGAAGUCUCCAAGGAAGAGGCAGGGCUCCAUGCCGCAACGAGGCAGGCCCAGGAAGACUCUUUUCAGCUCAGAUGACACAGACAAUGGGACUGAAGGUGACCUAAGUGGUGAAGCAAGUGGUUCAAGUGGCUAUACCGUACUUCUUGAGAGCAAUGAUGACCUCAGCGAGGAUAACUCAAAUGCAGGUGUGUACUUUGGUCUGCUGUACUAAUGACUUUUGGACAU